CCUGUGUUAUGUCAUCCGCUCUGCAACGGUCCCGUCAGUGGCUCAGCGAAGUUUUGUGGAAACCUAAAAAUCCUUUUUCAUUAGAUCACCUCAAAUACUUGCACACUGUAUUAGGACGGAAUUCUGUGGUCACUGAACGGAAUAAAAGCUUGCUUGUGGAGAGCAUUCGUUCAGUAGCUGAAAUUCUGAUAUGGGGAGACCAGAACGAUGCGAAAGUGUUUGACUUCUUUUUGGAAAAGAACAUGUUUCGUGCUUUUCUCAAAAUUCUUCAGCAAAGAACAAAUCGAUAUGUGCCUGUACAAAUGCUGCAAACGUUGAACAUUCUUUUUGAGAAUAUUCGAAAUGAAACAUCAAUCUACUACUUGCUGUCAAACAACCAUGUUAAUGCAUUUAUUGUUCACAGAUAUGACUUCUCUGAUGAAGAGGUUAUGGCUUAUUACAUCUCAUUUCUAAAGACUCUAUCACUAAAACUCAACAAGCACACAAUUCACUUCUUCUUUAAUGAACAUCUCAGAGACUUUCCUCUCUACACAGAAGCUAUCAAAUUUUUCAACCACAGUGAGAGUAUGGUUCGUAUUGCAGUUCGCACCAUAACACUGAAUGUAUACAAAGUUGGUGAUGAGUCAACGUUAAGCUUUAUCUGUAACCGUACAGCAGUACCAUACUUCUCUAACUUGGUGUGGUUUAUUGGCAAGCAUGUUUUGGAGCUUGAUAACUGUGUGAAAACAGAUGCAGAUCACCUAAGGUAUCAUCAGCUGAGUGAACUAGUUGCCGAACAUCUAGAUCAGUUGCACUAUCUCAAUGAUAUUCUUUGUCUCAAUAUUCAGUCUCUCAAUGAAGUGUUGACCGAUCAUCUGCUGGACAGAUUGCUCAUUCCUCUCUACAUAUACUCACUGACUGUUGAUAACAAAGCAGGUGGAACAACAGAAGACAGGCCAAGUCUCACCAGAAUGCUGGCACUCUUUCUUCUUUCACAGGUAUUUCUUAUUUUGUCUUAUUCUCCAUUGGUCUCUUCAGCUGCUGAUGUUAUCUUGAAUGGAGAUACAGCAUUAUGUGAACCACAAGCUGCAGAGCUUGAGACUCAUGGUAAAUGUGGCAGCAUGGGAAGCAUCAGAGCAUUUGUUGCACCUCCUGAACCAUUAGCAGACACUCUAAUGGCAUCCACUCUAAGUUAUGUUCCUGCCAUUCUUCCUGCCAAACAACCGGACCAAACGUCUCCCAUCACGAGUAAGCGAAGAGUAGGAAAUUUACCACGACAGAGCACUCAUUCUCCUGACUAUUUCGUCAUUCACUCAGAAAGUGAAUCUGAAAUUGUUCAAGAUCAUGAUCAUGAGAGUGACAAGCCACCAGAACCUGAGUACGAAGCCAAUUCAACGUUUUACAUUGGUGAGAUUAACAGAACUGGAAAGGAAAAACCAGAUACAAGUAUAAAUCUAGCAGGUAAAUAUGCAGGUCCUCUUGGUGCUGUAGACUGUGAGGUGUCUGAUGAAGCAUCAGCAGCUGAGUUGGCUAACGUACACUCGGUGGCUAAUGACCCUCUCGGCCUCUCCAAUUCUUCUGCUAUGGAAGGUGUUGAAAUUGAUGUGUCGGAGAGCUUUAGUCCUCCAGAUCUUGUAACAAGUACGCUGGUUACCCACUCUUCAACUGCUAAGAAUCUUUCAAGUAUUGCUGCAGUGGAGCACCCAAAUGACAGAGCAUACAUGACUGCUGUUCUAAAUGCACUGUCCUUUAAUGAGUCAGACUUGGAACCAUUGUUUGCUCUCUGUUUAAUGUAUGCACUUGUCACUAACAAAGGAGUUGACAAGGAGCUACUAGGAAAGACACAUCUCAUUCCAUCUGUUGUGACUGGACAGCCACAAUAUCAUGAUGAAUUGGUAGCGGCGGUGAUUCUACUGAUGGAGAAGAUUUGUGGCCACGGAAGUCGUGUUCGUCUUGUCACAGUCACCAUGUGCAUCGAACUACUACACGAAUUGCUACCUAAUGUCAUAGGCAGCCAACAGAGACUAGCAGACGACAUGUUGGCUCUCUUGCAAGGUGCGAGUGAAGCAAGCACACUGCAACUGAGGCUAUUCUAUAAAGGAGCACAGGAUGACAUUUUUCUGGACAUGUUUGAAGACGAAUUUAACAACGUUAUUGUUGAUGCAAACCCAUUAAAUGUGGAAUAUCUCAUGAUGGAUGCUUCCAUGCUGCUGCCUCCUACUGGCACACCAAUGACAGGCAUUGAAUUCAACAAGAGGCUGCCAUGUGGAGAAGUAGAGCGUGCGAGAAGAGCAAUGCAGAUCUUCUUUAUUGUGAGGCAACUAUGGCAUACAUUGACUCGCGAAAUUGAGACAGAACUUCCUCUCAUCUCUGGAGAUGAAGCCAUCAGCUCAAACGACACACUGGAUCUGAAUAACAGUGAUUUGAUUGCCUGUACUGUUAUGGUGGGAGAAAGAGCAAAUAAACAAUUUCUGGUUGUCAGUCCUCUGCAGCUGAUUUUGGUUGAGCCCGACAAGGCACAUCUUGGAUGGGGAAUAGUGCAGUUUGUGGCUUUUCUUCAGGACAUUGAAAUUACAUCUGACCCAGCUAGUAGCGAUUGUAUUCACAUCGUAGCACAUCACCCAACAGCUCAUAACAGCCGUUCAGCUACUCGCCAUAAACCUCUGCUGACUGGUAAACUAAAAUUUGACGACCACAUCCGCUGUUCAGCAGCACGUCAAAGGAUACAACAUGGCUGCAACCAUGUCAAAUUCAGCAAAAUGGUCAAAAUUGCUCGCAUACUCCAACUACCCUCACCGACUUCUCCCGCUUCAUUGGGCUUUGGCUACCUAGCACCUGUCACUGUUGUUCAUCAAACUGCAAAAGCAACAACGCAAAACAAGCCAGAUGGCUGUCCGGGCACAAAGAGUAACAGUUUUUCUGAUCUUCCAACUCAAACUGAGGAUCAACAUCCCUCCCACAAAAAACCGCGUUCUAUUACUAUGCCCGCAGUUACAGGAGAAAUCAGUGGAGAAGGGUUGUCACAUGACAUUGUGGGUACCACACUCCAGAGUGAUACCAAUGAUAACUCAUCAUCGCCUAUUCAGCCAGUAGCAGAUGGUCAUAGACAUGAUGUGAACAGUCAAGCACCUACAGAAACAUCACAGGUUGCUGCAGAUAGGUAUGAGGACUCCAGUACCCACCACCCUCACUGUACAGUACAUGAUGUUUAACAUUGUGAUGAAAUGUUGAGUUAUAUUUUGUAUAUUGUAAUAUAUAUUGUUACAAGAACUAGGAAGACAAAUAGAUUAACAACAGUGC